CAGCCGGAUCAGCUGACUGGGAGCAGCGAGCCCGAUGCACGGCUGGGUUUGAGCCGGCGCCUAUUGUGCGCUGCAGGCACGGCGAGCGGGGACAGAGGACGCGGCGAGCCGAAAGCCUCCCGUCUGCGAGGGGGAGCAAACCGGCCAUGGCACCUCGGAUAAGACUGAGCAUUUCAAAGCCUCUCCCAACCAUACGUGAAGCCCAUGAGGAAGCACUGGAAGAUUUAACCAGCAACCCAAAACUCUUGGCCACCAUGAGCCAAACACCAAACACCUCAGCCAACUCAGACUCUUACUCCAGCGAAGACUACAUCCAGUCCAUCUGCCACCUCGCCAGACCCACCUUCCCGUGCCUUCCUGAAACCAGUUGUAGGGCUCAAGACAGAAAGAUCCUGAAGACCCUUGAGGACAUGUCAUGGUCCCCAACACCUGUUGGGACCCGGCAGGGAGCAUCGAAAUGUAAAUUGACCAAUUUCAUCUCAAACGUGGUGCCACUAGGAAAACUUAUGCCUGUUCCUGAUGGUGCAGAAACGAACCUCCAUUGCAGAGAUGACCCCCUGGCACAGAUAUACACACGGGCAGGAAAGCUCUGCUACUCUACAGGUCCUUUAAGCAGUAAAAGCUCCAGCAGUGAUUACUCACUGUGUACUUCUUCUAGAUAUCUGGAUGCCCCGGGUGGUGAAAUUCAUCCCCCAAGCACGAAAGGAAAAGCCACAGAGAAACUGAAUUUGCCACGGGCGUUUGGUUUCCCAAGGCUUCCCUCUCCAAGACCAGUACAGAAAGAAAUGGUCUGCUCAGAGCUGAAGUGUCUCAGAAGGGAUGAUGAGGCAGUUUCGGGCAGUAACCAUGGUCAGAAAGAAAACGGCACUAUGUUUAUUGACGGGGAAGAGAUAUCGCCAUGCUCUGCCAGAGGGAAACGGCCAGGAAACAGGGUUUUGCACUGCUCUCUAAGAAAGCAGAGUUGCUUAUUCAAAAUAGCAGACACUGAUGAAAAGGAAGAGAGAGAAUCUCCUCGCUAUGACAAAAAUGUAAUAGGUGCUGUCCCUAACAAGCAGCAAUACACUGAGUGCUUCCAGGUAGCUCAAAAACCCAUGGUCCAUAACUGGAUUUCGGAGCACAGAUGCAUCUGGAAAGAGGCAAAGUUGAAAGCUUGUUUGCUCCCAGCCAUUGCUGAAGUAUGAAGAAGUAGCUGCUCAGAAUGAUGUUAUUGGCACGAAGUAACACACCCUGCUACCUAGAAGCCCUCCCUGCAGUCCCGUGUUCCCGGUGCAGCAAACACACCUUGAACGUGCAUGCGAGUCUUUGCAUGAGUGAUUAUCAUCUCUCACCUCAGCCACUCAUUUUGGAAAGGCAGAAGUUUAUAGAGCAUCUCCCAGCAGUACCUAUUGCAUAGACGUGCCCUGGCCAUGGAGAAAAGCCGAAGAGAAUACAAAAACUCAUCUGUUUUGGAGGAGAAGUAAUCUGCAGGAACAUCAAAUUACUGGUGGUGUACAGCAAAUGCCACAGAGCCAGCCGUUUCUCACACUUGGGUACAGUUACCCUGAAAGGAAUGGUUUGAAUGACGCUUGGACAGUACUAAAUAUGCUCUCUCUGACAUAUACACUUAUCAAAAGCCCCAUUAUAUAUCACUAUGUCAACACCACCAUGCCAUUGGAUAGAUCACCUGUUACAGCAUUUGCAUAAAGAAAUAUUUUUAAAAGUUUUAAGAAACCUUUUAUGAGGAUUAGUUAGAGGGCAACAUGGAAAAUAUUAAAACUCCUUCAGGCAGGGAUUUUCCUCUUGCUUGCCCUAGCACAGCUCUGUUACCUUCACUCCCUCAUUUACCCUUGGCAAGAGGAGACUCCAGAGGUCUAGGUGGGUAUCUUCAUGCCAGCGCUUGUCUUGUGUUGUAGCUGCCCUAGAUCAGUAAAGAAGUCACCUGUGAAAGCCCAGCCCUCUGCUUCGUGUUAGUCUCUGCACGGCUACACUUGUGCACAAGCAGGGCUCCAUACCAGCGGGCACAUACCGAAUUUUACUUCUCAGGUGCAGGAAACCGGUGAGCUCACCCAGCAGCUCUGCAGCCUCGGGGGCAUGCCGAAGCGAGCAGCUUUGCCCGUGAGGCAGCCUGGGGAUGGAGGUGGCCUCACAAGUCUGAAGGGCUGUUUCUGGGUAGGUCCCUCAUAUCUGAUCUUCUGUCCUCUCACCUACCUGACCACGCUAAUCAUGCUCCUUUUUUUUUUUUUGCCUAGCGCCGUGAGACUGAAGUAUGACAUAGCUCAGCACAAGCGCACAGUGCUACCACCCAGCACUUCACAGAUAUAAAACAAUCCAGCUGCAGUUAACGUUAGAUGGGACAUCUGAGAGGCAGCGAGGUCCCUUGGUGCUGCUGCGAGGUCCCAGGGCGGUGUGGCUUGGUGCUGUGCUGCUGUCCCCUCACUGCUGCACCCAGAUGUUGCCGUCUAGAGAAGCAGCCAUUCAUCCAGGGUUUCUUCCAAGACCACCAGUCUCACGUAGCUACACUUGGUGCAGCAUUUUCCAUAGCCAGGGAAUAGAAUAGAUGAGGAAGCAGCACAGCAAUACUGGUAUAAUUAUUAUUACGACAGCAACGAGUAAGUUUUUUGGCGCAUGGGAUAGCAUGGAGAGCAGGCUGCUUGUUCAACUGCAGCUAAGCUGGGAAAUACCUCUGCAAAGCAGGAACUAUAGAAAUGCUCACGAGUGAUUUCCAAAACACCGCUGAGUAGAUUAAAUCAGAAGGCAACUUCUGCUCAGCACCAACAUGAUUGUAAAUAUGCUUGGAGAUCAAAAGGUGAACAUAUUUGAACUUCUCAUUCUCACGUCUCUUAUCUCAAAUACUUAUUUCCUGUUGAAACUCAUUAACGCUAUGGAGCUGAACUGCUUCUCAUCUUAGUUCCUGAACUAACUACACAGCAAGAAUAGAAGUGAAGGCAGCUCCAGCAUUUAUUAAAGGUGAUAGAGUUUGAGAUGAACAAGAUGUCACAUUGGCCCUAGCUUCUACUCACUGACUCGGGGAGGUGCCAGCCCAGUCUGUUUCCUCCUCUUAUCUCCCUUCCUUCACAGGUGAACAUCAAGACUUAAAUGAUGUUUGUCUGCUUUGCUCUGCUUACGUUUUUAAUUUCUCUCUAUGUGAAUAUUGAUGACACUGCAGCGCUUAGCAAGUCUUGUGCCAACUGCAUGCUUUUGACAGAGAAAACAAAUAAAACUGUUACACCCAA